AUGAAGGCCGCUGGUAACGCCCUCUUGUCGCCAUCGCGUUUGCUGGCCCCAGUUCAGGUCCCCUCUUUCCUCUGUGAUCUGGCUCAAAAUGCUGUAGGUCAGGGCUUGGUCAAGCGUUUCGAUCAAACCGCCUAUUGUCACACUCCUCUUGUCAGUGUCAUUGUCACAGCCGACCUGGUACCAAAGGUUGAGCAGGUAACACUGCCACAGUUGAGGCCCCUGAUCGCCCUUGAAAAGUGA